CUGUUUUUACACCAUGGACAAGCGAAAGAAGGUGGUGCGAGAAGUCAAGGGGUUGCCCAGAUGCGACCUCACAGGCUUCCCCCAACAUCUGGGCGAAGGUCGACACUGGAACCAAGUGGUGGUUCGUUUGCACGCACCCAGGAGAAAUGGCUGUCACCACUGCCACCGCCUCAUAGAUCACCGGAUGUCGGUGAGUGAAAAAGUAUUUUUUGUUGUGAUGGGUGGAAAAAUGGCUGAGUCUUUUUUUUUCUGGGUUUCAGAUUGGCAUGAUGGUGGAAAUGGCGCGUCAGCCCCCCAAUCUCGACAACCUGAUGAACGAGGGCAUUGCGUUCAUCAUUAACCGAUUCAAGAGUGAGAUCCCCAAGUGUCCCAUUGGUCAGCGCCCCGUCAUGAUUGGCAGGAGGAAGGCCGCCUAUGAUACUGUUGACAAAGUCAUGAAACGCUUGGAUUUGAUCAUGAAU